AUGGGCCUGGCGAAUGAUAGCGAAGCGAUGAAAGAAUCAACGUAUGGUGGAAAAGAGUCCGACGGUGGGAAUCUGGAAGGCCAAGAGAACGAGUAUGACAUUGAUAUUCGCACUUCGACUGUGAUUCAGGGUGUUCCGCCUAAUGAUCCUCGAAUACUGGGUCCUGUUCAAAUGGAGUCGAGCGAAGAUGGAAAGACAAAGAGAAACUCGUUUGCCUGUGUUAGCUGCCAUUCAUUGAAACAGAAGUGCGUUCCGUCCGAUCCUGCGGAUAUAUAUCGAAAGCCUUGUCAGCGAUGUCUGAAGAAUGGGAAGCUCUGCAAAUUUGAUCUAGCCAAGAGGACAAGAAAGAGAAGGCGUGGGGAUCCUACGGUGUCGCCAACAGCGCCUCAGGUAGCUAUUAAAUCGGCGGGAAAUACUUCUACAGUUGACCCAUCGAUUGAAGAAGCAGAGGCUUCUCGCAAUCAGCAGAAUCUGCCGCAUAUAUGGUCUGGUAUCGCACCACCAUCUGUCGAUCAUGCCACCAUAGGACGUCUAAAUGCUUCAUCGCAGGAGUCGAUCAGAAUGCCAGCCUUCACUGGUGUGGGGCUCAGCUCUGGAGUGUCCGAUCCUGCUUCAAAUGGUGGUGGGAAAGAACGAGAGACCUCGCAAUUGCACCUGAUGAAGCCGCUCUUCAAGAGGCAGCUUCACUCACUCUUGAUGUAUCAAAAGGGAAAAGUUGGCGAAAUAUCCAGUAAGCUGGAAGCAUGGGCGAAGGAAUGGAAUGAUGUCAUCCAGGAAGGAGUUUCCAUUGAUGGCGUGUCCGACCCGGUUUCAUGCGGUAUCAUUACUUUACAGGAAGCAGAGCAUCGAUUUGAACUAUACAAAGCGGAACUAGCAUCCAGACACAAGUUGAACUAUAUAAAAUUUCCACCGGAUACGACAGUGACACAACUAAGACAGCAGCAACCGACAUUAUUCUCAGUUAUCAUGUCUUGUGUCUCGGUUAUAAUGACCUCAGAGUCAACAACGAGGGAAAAGAAUAUUAAGCUGGAUAGCUUCGUGCUAAAUCUCAUAACGGACCAAAUCUUCAAGUUGAAUCACAAGACAGUAGAGUUAAUAGAAUCGCUGCUAACACUUUGUUUGUGGUACAAUUUUCCGGAAUGGUCGAAUAAGACACGAUACCACAUUUUCAACUACGUCUGUGUAUGUCUGACAAAGGAGCUUGGGCCCAAUUCUGUGAAUCGUGCUUUUUCUAUGUUCAGUGAGGAGGAUCCCUCUAAACGUUUACCAAAUAUCAAGUCGCCUCUGGAGUUGUACCAUAAUAGUGCAAGACUGAUUUUACUGGUUUACAUCUCCUCUUUAAACAUUUCCAUUUUCCUCAGACAGCCUAUUCAAGCUAAAUGGUCAUCCUUGACUGAAAGGGCGUGCGAGGAAGUACUCAACAAUUCUGGAACCCAAGAGCUUUAUUUCCCUGAGGAUGACAAGGCCUUGGUCGUAUUUGCACAGUUGAAUUUCAUCCUCGAGAAAAUCCAUAUCUAUUUGCAUGAAAUGAGAGACCAAUUUGAGUAUGCGGAAAUAAAUGACAAGCAUUUCAAUCAUUUAUUUGAGAAAUUUCAAUCGCAGUUGACCGUCAUAUUCGUCCAGAUGCCGAAAAAUCGUCCCAGAGAGCUGUCCUUUUUCUAUUCAGUGGAGGCAUACUUGUACCAAUACAUUAUUGGUAACUAUAUUAAUAGCAACCCCAAGUUCUCAACGGAACAGCUGCCAUUAGAGAUUAGUGAAGCAUUUCAGAAAUGCUACAGCUACUGUGCUUCAGCUUUGGAAGAGUUUCUGAAAAUGACGCCAAAAUUAGUGGCUUCGCUACCUCUAUUUCAUAUGUCAAGAGUUAUUUACACCGUCGGAAUGCUGCUGUUCAAAUUGAGAUAUUCAGUGGUCGUUUUACCUUCUUUUCAACAUUUUGGCCCGCUAACUCAGAACGCUAUCGCACUUGUGAAUAAGGUCUCUGAAGUGCUAGAACAGUGUUCCAAGAUAUACGAGUUCAACUCCUUCCUCUACAAGUUUCAGUACGUCGUUGCACUAUUUGCCCAGACGUACGCGAAUAAAGUUGGGGAAGUGACUAAGCUUACCACUAGGAAGUUUACCCAGCCGUUCGACGGCCAUCCCCAAGCCAGUAUGCCAGGACGGGGAAACUCGCAGAUCCCUAACUCCACGACAAAUGGCAAUUAUCGAAGAAGCGAUGUCGUGUCGGCUUAUGCUGCGACUGCUAUUCCCAGCGGGAAGGACGUAACAUUCGUCAACGCAGAUGUACGACCUUCUCCCUCGAACUCAAGCGAUACUAUUAACGACUAUUUGACAGAUGUCGACUCACUUAUGUGGGGAUUUAACGUACUCAAUGAAGAAUUUUGGACGGACAUAUUCACUAACAAUCUGUAA